AUGGCUUUAUUCAACGCCCAAUACAUUGAGCCCUUGAGAGAAAAGCACAAGGCCCUUAAAUUCCGCAAGAAGAUAAAAAUUGCAGUUCUAGACUCAGGGUUGGAUUACCACGAUGCUUUCAUCAAAGGUGCAAUCAAGACGAGAUAUAUCACAGAUAGAUGGAGCCCUACUGGGACCGACUGGGAGGAUGUACUCGACAUAUAUGGUCACGGAACACAUGUGACGCGAUUACUUCUGGACACGGCGCCGCUAGCGGAGAUUUGCGGCGCGAAGUUUUCAAGGGAUAAAAAUUUGGACGAGAGCGAGAUGCAAGUCAUCGCCAACGCAAUUGAUUGGGCCGUGCAAACAGUCAACGCCGAUAUCAUCACCAUGUCCUUCGGCAUGGAAAAGAAACUAGAGGAAGUAGCCCAAAAAAUCAAGUCAGCACUCGACCACCGGAAACUCGUAUUCGCAGCAGCAUCUAACGGGGGGGGCUUGGCUCCCAGAGCAUCCCCAGCUUGCCUCCCUGGUGUUAUCUGCAUCCACGCUACAGACGGCUACGGAAACCCUGCGACGUUUAACUCGACGCCUUACUACGGAUGGCAUGAAGGGACUGCUACGGUCUUUAGCAAGCCUACGGCAAUCCUUUAA